CGCGCAGCGAAGCAACACUGCGCUCAUGGCGGCGCCUUCGCGUUGUCGUCGUGUUUCAGCUUGUAUUCGCUGGACGCGGCGGCGGCGGUAUGAAACCACGAAUUGACUGAGAAACGCACGACCGCGUUCGGUGGCGUGGCGACGCAGCGUUUGCAGGUGAGCUUGGGAUCAACCGCAACUUGGACAAGCACCGCCUGCAACGCCCGCACCGACCGGCGUUCGUCGUGUAAGGACUCUACCGGCAAGCACUCACCGCCGUUCCCUUCCUUCGCUCCCGGUCCUCGUUACGGUCGCUCGGCCUUUGCUGCGGUGGUUUGCGUGCAUACACGCGUGGCCACAGCUGCUGUACUCGUAACUCAUCGUUGGUGAGUGAUUUGUGUGGCAAGCGCGCUGGACAUCAUGGCCCACAGCGGAGGCGGCGAGGACGCGACGACGCCCGUCGAAGCGCAGCAGCCGUCUUCGCCCGUCGAGAUCACGCAGCAGCCGCAGCAGCCCAGGGUGACGUUCGACCUGGCAACGGUUACGCGGCGCUGCUCGCCUGAGCAGCAGGACUCUCACAUGGACGAGGAGCUGCAGGCUCUGGGGCUCUGGGAGGAAGACAUGACCGAGGAACAAAAGGUGGAGCUUUUGAGGGUUGUGGCUGCAUCCAAGGAGACUGCACAGAGGGAGGAAGCUGUAAGGCAAGGCCAUUUUGCCCCAGUCAAGCAGCAUGUCCCACCAGUAUCAACUGAAAUCACUUGGGACAGAAAGAGCCCAGCAAAGGCAGGCCAUGCAACAUCACCACAAGAUUGGUGGACCACUGAGGGCAGUGAUGAUGAUGAGUGGCCAACGCCAAGCAGUGCCAAGCAAUCUAGACCUGCCAGGCGGCAGCCAGUCGCACUCAAGACAAGAAGCAAAUCUGCAACUGUUGCUCAUUUGCUGCAGUCAUCGGUGCGCCGUGUGUACAGCAUGGAGCAUCGACUCAACUUCCAGUGGGGAAAGGUAGACGAAAAGGAGCUGGAAGAUGCCAGGCUCUCCCGCCUCGGCCUGAAUGCUCAGGGCUCAGCUCAGGGCCCCACUCCCCUGUGCAACGGUGGAUGGAAGGACACACCUGCCCUGCUCGAGUCGUGGGCGUCGAUGCACGUUGCACUAAAGCAAGCUCAGUCAUCGCCGGGGCUCCCUCUGCGGCCAUGGACUGAAUGCAGGGAGGCACCUCCAUCACUGCUGAGUAUCCAGGACAGCAGGCCGCGAGAGUUCGGUGAAGCAACAACGCUGGUAAUACCUAGCACGAGUGCCUUCAGCAUACCUGCACAUGGAAAGGCAACAGUGGUGCUAAUACCUGGCCCCAGUGGCUUUGGCAUGUCUGCACAUGGAGAGGAUGUGUGCAGCUCCGGAGAAUCUACUCCAGAGAUUCCCGGGUACAACCCAGACGACUGGAAGACCGUUCGCCGCCGCCGCAAGAGCAGGCGGCAGAGAAGCUUGGUGAUACGAAGCAGCGUGAAACUCCGCGAGGUCAUGAUGGGCAAGCGAGGUUAGAACUGGUGUGUCAGCGCGGUGUUGUAGCAUUC